AUGGCGUCCGCAGUAAUCGUGAAAACCCGUCCCUCCGUAAGCGUGGCAUCUGUCCGCCAUGCGACGGCCUGCGGAAGGAUUUGCGAGGGACGGCAGCCUUUUGUGUCCCGGGAGUGGCUGGAGCGCUGUGCCUUUUUUUUCGCUUGUGGAGUUGUGGGGCAGAGGUGGUACCUGGGCCGCGGGCGCUUUCUCCGCGGGAGAAUUCUCCGGUCUUCGGAGGUGGAGGAGUCGGGAGAUGCGCUGAUCCCGCCCAUGCCCAUUGGAAGGCUGGUGAGCAAAGGCAGCAUGACCAGCCUUGAGUAUGAUCCCUUCGAUGCUCCAGAGUUCAUUCAAGAUGAGAUGGGUGGAGGCAUCUUCAGUUGGAUGCCGGUGACGGCCGAGGGCAGCUUGCUGCCGGACAACGAGAGCUACGCGGAACAGGCCUUUGAGGUGCCAGUGGAUCGCUUGGAAUACCUCCAAGGCUCAGGCUUUCUGGAGGCCAAAGCCAGCGAGGAUUUCCGUGCCUACUUCGUGGGAGAGCCCCAACUCCAUGUCCCGCCUGCCAUGCUCUGUGCCUCGGCCAUCACCGGCGUUUCCGCAAGCGCCGUGCCGCCGGUGCGUCCUGCGGUGCGAAGGGUUGGUAGCGCCGUGUCGCCGCGGCUGGGAGGGGCGCUGGGAGUUACCUCGCUCCUGGUGUGGCGAGGUCGAAGCGUCUUCCGCAGGGCCGUGGCACAGCGAAGUUUGAGCGAGGUGACUUGGGAGGAGUUGAGCCUCGUGGCCUCGAAGUCCUCGCGUUCUCCGCGGCUUUUCGAGUCGCGCCAGCGGCUGCACGGCGCCGAGAGACCGGAGCUGAAGUUCUGGCACGACGCGGCGGGGUGGUGCCCGCAUUGCAUGGUAUCUUGGGUUGUCUUGGAAGAGAUGCGCAUUCCCUAUGUCAUGGACACCACUUCACUGCGUGCCUACCUAAAGCCUGGAGAGAAAAAACGGCAGCGCAUGGUACCUGUGAUCCAACUCAUUGAUCCUCAGGUCACGCACAAGCCAUGGCGAUUUCAAGAUGCCAUGCAGGGGGUCGGACGAGGGGAGCAAGUCUGCAAAAUGCUGGCGUCCCGUUUUGCCUCGCAUCAGUUCAGUCGCGCGCCGUCUUCGGAGGAAUGGCAGCUCUUCCAUCAGCUGCAAGGGGCGCAUUCGGCCUACAAACGUCUGCCAGGUGGCAGGCCGACCUGGGGUGUCUCGCCCGGCGGAGCGCUGGAGGAGGACAGGCUCAUUAGCGCGCUUGACCACUUGGAAGCGGCCCUGGCUAGCAGUAAGACUGACAGUUUCUUGAACGGAACAACGCCCCACAUGAUUGACCUUAUGUUGCUGCCGAUGCUGGAAAGAGUGGAGGCCCUGUUGUUCCAUCCACUCCUCUCGAAGCUUCCUCAGCUCUCGGAGGGAUGGUCAGGCUGUUGGAAGAUGUUGGAAGAAGGCCGACGCCCAGGUGUCUGUUCCUUCGGGGAACUCUGCAGCGAUGCAGAGACACUUCUAGCCAUCUCGCUACGUGAAGAUCCAGGACGCACGAACUACAGAUCUCUCGAGGGGACCAUCCUGGAACCACAGCAGUCCUUGAUGGAAGCAGCUGAGGUGGCGUCCGCCCAGCCGCCCGACGCCUGCCGUGAAGCCGCCGCGAAGCUGGCGGGCAACGCAAAGGGCGUGGCCGGCUUCGCGUGCGCCGGGCGCGGCUGUGGGAGAAGAAGAGAUGAGGUGCCGAAGGUGAAGAAACAGGAUUUGGCUGAAGUGGACUUGGCUUUGCGAUGCGUGGUGUCAUCCAUGCUGAGGCCAGAUAGCCCAGCAGAACUGGAAGCUUCUGCGCGCCGUAGCGCGCGAGGCUUGGAGAGCGAAGGAGCUGCGGCCACGGUCGUUCCAGCUCUGCGCUUCCUCUCGCAGAACAUCGCCGCCCCCCGCGACCUGGGCCGAAGCGCCGCAGCAGCGCUGCGUGCGUUUCUGCGGCUGCAGCUGGCGGCGCUGGAGCAGCGGCCGCCGGCGCGAGGUUUGGGUGGUCUUGGCUGGGACAUGUGUGAUUCGGCCGGGGUGGUUCAUCAACCUGGCGAAGAAGUUACCUCGUAUCGCUCGACCGAUCGCAAGAUCCCGGCCUUCAGGUCCGGCAGUAAAGAAAGCCUCGACGAGAAGCUUUGGCAAAAUGCGAAGAAAAAGUUGGCUUAUCCCAGGGAUUGCACCACGGUGCCAGGUUCGCGAACUGGACGGCCGGAAGUGGCAACGUGUGAUGUUGAAAGGAAGGAGGCGCAGCAGCGAGUGAACUCACAGCGGGAGUCGGUGCAAGAGGGCGCCUUGCGUUUGAUGGAAGGCGUAUUACGCCAGCGUCCGUGGGAUGAAGCUGUGAAGGAACUGCCGCGGCCAGAGGACUUUGAGGAGCCUUUGGCUCGACUCACGUGA